AGAAAGUAUGGCCACAAAAUUGGAGCGUACACAAACUGUUUUGCAAUCCGAGAGUGAAAGCUCGACGCAUCUGAGCGAGUCACUGCUUACCUGACAACGAUACUUGACACACGACCAACACACGACAUUAUGGGUGCCUCACACAGCGAGCACGCUCCAAAGCCUGAGAAAGCCGACCUGGUGAAGAAGAUCAAGGCGCGGCUGGCAGCAGUGGACCCCAACAAGGCGAGGGCACUGGGCGGAGUGUUCCUCUUCAACAUCAUCAAGGGAACCAGCGUUUAUUCUUGGACUUUAGACCUCAACCAAGUGAAAGUGUACGAAGGCGAACCCGACGAGGACCCUGACUCCACGUUCACCCUCACCGAGCACUACUUCAAGCAGCUCGUCACCGGCAGAGAAGAUGCCAGAGUCAUCGUACAAGCUGGACGCUGCUCCGUUACCGGAGAUAUCAUGAGAGCAAUGCAACUUGAACCCUAUAUUAAGCUUGAAUAGAGUUUAUUUUAGAGACAUAAUCAGAUAUUUUGUUCAAAAAAGAG